AUGAAGGAUGAAAUUGCAGCCACAGUCUUCUUCAUCACCCGCCUGGCCAAAAAACACAACAAGCUGAACAAGCAGCAGAUGGAGAAGUUUGCAUCCACGCUGACCACGCUUCUCUUCGAGAGGUAUAAAAACCACUGGUAUCUCGACAAUCCCACAAAAGGACAAGGCUUCCGGUGCAUCAGGCUAAACCCUUUGCAGGCGAAAGAUCCUCUCUUGGACCAAGCGUGCACUGCGAGCAACGUGGACUUUCAGAGCCUCGGAUUGCCCAAAGAGAUGACCAUCUGGGUUGACCCCUUUGAUGUCUCCUGCAGAUAUGGCGAGAAAAACCCAGCCUUCACCGUGGCUCACUUCACAGGCCAAGAGAACGACCAGGACGUGUCUCAGGGCAUCCGGCAGGCCGUGGAGAAGGCCUCCUCCUCCUCCUCCUCCUCCUCCUCCUCCUCCUCCACCUCCGAUUAUCACUCCGGCACUUCUUCUGAGGAGGAUGGCACCACCAGGGAACCCAAAAGCAUCCCAACUGUUAGCAAUCCCAACAGCAUCUAUCAGUGCAAUGAGCCAUUCCCCCUCUGGUCCCAGUACUCUCACCGAAGAUGCUUCGUUCCUGAUGGCAUCCCAUCAAACCCUGCAGCUGCUUACUAUCUCCACUACAAGGGGUACAAAGUCUGCCGGACCUCACUGCCAUUCAGUUGCCCGCGAGUGGACAGGUACCACUGGGUCAGUUCCAGUCAAUAAAGCUCUGAUUUGCACCCGUUGCCAGGGCAGCUGAAACAUCGGUGGGCAUCUGGCGUUUCUCUUCCCCAGGAGAAAAAACCCAUUUUUUGGAGCACUUAAGACAAUUCUCGUCCCCCA